GUGGUAGUGUGGGCGAUAUCUCCUCAGGGGGCUGGCCUGCCCAUUGCCUUGCUGGUCCUGGGAGCACUGUGCUGUAACGCUGUGUCACGCAGCUCCAUCCCCAGCUCUGCCGGCGGCUCUUGGCACAACGAUGACAAACUGGCUUCCAAAAAUAGCUCGGUGGUGGGAAGCCUUCAUCUCCUCCAACUCUCUGAGCAUGCUCGGGAAAUUAGCAAAAAAAUGUGCCCGAGUUCCUAACCUGCACGGAAGAGAUUUGUCACUUGGAGUGAGAGGUAGAGGCGAGAAGCAGCUGGUGUGUGUAUGUGUGAGGGGAGCCCACUCCUGUCCCACCGACAAUGUCUACCUUGAAGGUGACCAGUUGCUAAACUUGAUGCAUGAAUUCAGACACUGCAUGUCAAAUUGCCAGCCAUUAAGAAAGGAUUUGACUUCAAGGCGUUCCGUUGACUGCAUGAAUCCUUUCUCGCAGGAGCUGAACCAGCUAGCUGAAUAUCUUCAGGAAGCUUUACAACGUGAACAGCUCCUGGAACAGAAGCUGGAGACACUGCAGUAUCUGCUGACACACACUCAGCUCCUCUCGGACAAUGUCUGGCAGGACACUCAGGCUGAAUGUGCAGAUCUGACAUUGAAAAGCAGAGGAUCAUUCAGAACAGACUUGGAAAUCAGGACUGAACGUAAAAUCACAAAGGUGAAGAUGGAGGGCCUACAAAGUAAGGGCAAUCAGGAGCUUCUCACUCCACUGAAAGUAGAGAACACAGAAGGGGAGAGAAAAGAUGGUGAGGAAACUCCAGAUGGCAAAGAUACAGCCUCACUUGAUGCUGACAUGGAGGAUGGGCUGAACAAGAAACGCCGACGACCCACUCUACGCAAAGAGAAAAGACUUCAGGAAUCGAAGAUUCUGCGUAAACAAGCUAUGAUUAGAGACAUGAGCGAGAAAGGUCCCCCAGAUGUGAAGGUUCUGCGUCAGCAAGCAAUCGUCCGUGAUAUAAGUGGUGAUUUGCUGUCAUGUGAAACUAAAUCAUGUGAAUCAACAUCCAGCACCACAACAACAACAAGCGACACAAAGUUGUUUUUGAAGUCAGCUGAUAUUCCAGUAACUGAGGUGACAUCAGUUACCCCGACAAUAGUCAAUUCAACCAAGUCCAAUGCUUCUGAGGUCAGUACUGUUGAUCGAAUGCCAUCUGAGUUCAUGUCAACUGAUUCCAAGCUAUCAGAGAUCAACUCAGCCAUUCCUAAAGUGUCUGAGAUCAAUAUAGUCAAUUCGAAACCCGCCGAGGUGACGUCAGCCGAUCCCAAACAAUCAGAUAACCAAUCCACUAAUUUAGAGGUCCAGCCAAUCAUUUCCAAGGUGUCUGAGGUCAAAUUAGAUGACUCAAAACUAGCUGAGGUCAAAUCAAGUGACCCCAAACUAUCUGAGGUCAAGGGACAUGAUCACAAACCAUCAGUGAUCAAGUUAUUUGAUCCCAAACAGUUGGAUGUCAAGUCAACUGUUCUCAAACCAUACGCAAUCGAGUCAGUUCAUCCUGAACUGUACGAGGUGAAGCCAACUGAUUCUGGACCAUCUGAAGCCAAACCAGUUGCUCUAACACUAUCUGAGAACAAACCAGAUGACCUCAAACCAUCUGAACUCAAGUCAAUGGAUCCCAAACCCUCUGAUGUCAACUCAAUUGAUUUCAAGCCAACUGAAGUCAAAUCAGCUGAUUCAAAAAUAUCAAAGGUCACAUCAGCUGAUCCCAAACCAUCUGAGAGCAAGGUAUUUGAUCCCAAAAUAUCUGAGGUCAAAUCAGCUGAUUCCAAUCUAUCCAAAGUCAUGCCAUAUCCAACUGAUGCCAAGCCAUGUGUGGACAAGUCAGUUGAUUCUAAACUAUCUGAUGUCAAGGUAAUUGAUCCAAAACCUUCUGAGGCCAUGUCAUUUGAUUGCAAACCAUUUGAGGCUAAGUUGGUUGAUCCUAAGCUAUCUGAAGUCAAAGUGAUUGAACCUAAACUAUCUGAGGUAAAAUCAGUGGAUCUCAGAAGAUCGGAGAUAAAGCCAGUUGAUUUCAAACCUUCCAAGGCCAAGUCAGCUGAUUUCAAACCAGCUGAAUUCAAGUCAAUGGAUCCUAAGUCUACUGAUGUAAAGUCAAUUGAUUCCAAACCAGCUGAGGUCAAGUCAAUGGAUCCUAAACCAGCCGAGGUCAAGUCAGUGGAUCCCAAACUAUCUUUGGUCAAACCAAAGGAUCCCGAACCAGCUGAGGUCAGACCAAUGGAUCCCAAACCAUCUAUGGUGAAGACAAUGGAUCCCAAACCAGUUGUGGUCAAGUCAAUGGAUCCCAAACCAGCUGAAGUCAAGUCAAGUGAUUGCAAACCAGCUGAGGUCAAGUCAGCUGAUCUUAAACUGUCUGAGGUCAAGUCAGUGGAUCCCAAACUAUCUUUGGUCAGACCAAUGGAUCCCAAACCAGCUAUGGUGAAGACAAAGGAUCCCAAACCAGUUGUGGUCAAGUCAAUGGAUCCCAAACCAACUGAAGUCAAGUCAAUGGAUCCCAAACCAGUUGUGGUCAAGUCAAUGGAUCCCAAACCAACUGAGGUCAAGUCAAGUGAUUGCAAACCAACUGAGGUCAAGUCAGCUGAUCUUAAACUGUCUGAGGUAAAGUCAGUGGAUUUCAAACUAUCUGAGGUCAUGUCAGGUGAUCCUAAACCAGCUGAGGUUAAGUCAACUGAUCUUACACCAUCUGAAACCAAGGCAGUUGACCCCAUAGUUUCUGGUGUGACAGUAGUCAGUGUGGAUCUAAAUGAUAUGGUGACAUGCGACCACAAUGCUCCUGAAGUCCUUGCUGUGAGGCCUGGGACUAUGAAAGUGACUGACAAUAUGAUGGACUUAUUGGAAUUGGAUGCAUUGAGGUCACAAAUUAAGCAGCUACAAAAGGAGUUGGAGGAAUCUCAGGAACAGGCUGCCCGAUAUCAAAAGAACUACCUGGAUUUACAAGGGUUGCUGGAGGAGCAGAGAUUGGCCAACGUGCAACAAACUGAGAACUUUGCCAAACAGAUCCAGCGUCUCCAAGCACAGCUCCGGUCUGUUCAGGAGGAGAUUGACAGUUUGGAGGAGGAGAAGGAGAGUGAACUGAUGGAGGCUCAUGAGGAAUUGCACUGUGCACAGGAAGAGAUUGUGAACCUGCGACAGGCAGCUGAAGAGGCUGCCGGAGAGCGGGAGAACGAGAUUGCCACACUGCAGGAGGAGCUGUGUCGUAUCCGAGCAGAGCUAGAGCACCUUCAGCAGACAACACUGGAAUAUGAGCUGGAGAUUACCACCCUGCGGGCAGAGAUACAGAUGAAGAGUGACAGUCAGCAGAAGAAAAACUCUGAAGAGGUCACCCAACUUCAAGGUGCGGUGCAGAAUCUGCAGGUCGAGUGUCGGAAUCUGGCUCAAGAGUGUCGAGUUCUACAGGACGACAACAAGCAGCUGAAGGAAAGAUUGCAACAAAUGGAACAGCAGAGCCACAGAUCGAUUGAAGGAUUUAAGACGGACAUUCAAAGAACUGAAAGCCGACGACAGAAGUAUGAAAAGGAAGCUAAGAGCUUGCCUUGGAAAGAAAAUGGUAAAGGACCAAAUGCAGCAGGUUUAAGUGUGCAGGAGAACCUGAGCUGUACACAGAAAGAUCAGGAAAAAUCAUGUGACAAAGUAACCCCAAGUGAUCAAGUCUUUUUAAGGGAUCAGCUUGAAGAUGGGCGGGUGCUCAGAGAGCAACAAAUCCCUCAGGAUGGAAGCAGUGGAGAUGGUGUAAAAUCAACUCCGAAGGACCAGAAAAUGGAAAGCAUCGAGCAUGGAUCUCAAGGUUCCCAGGGGCAUGAAGAGCGAGGUCUGAUUGAUGAAUUGGGUUUGAGACACCGACUCCUACAGGCAGAAGAGAAGGCUCUGUCAGUCCAACAUGAGUGUGAAGGAUUAAUCACUGAACUGAGAGCACUGGAGGAGAGGUACAGAAGUAGCCAAGAGGAACGCAGCCAGUUGGAGUUGCAGCUCAGGCAGUAUAAGGAAGAAAUACACAAACUCAAAGGGACACCUCAUCAGAAUGCCACACUUCCUGACCCCCCUGUGCUCUCCUUACCUGUGAUAGGACUGGUUGUACUGAUGGCUGUGCUGUGGUGCUGGUGGGCUGAGACCUCCCGGCAUUGACCAGACUCGGUUCGGAGGGAGGAUUCCAUUAAUGCUGAUGGUUAUUGCUACAGCUGGUCAAUCUUCUGUGUUCCAGCCUCACUCCUAACUUCUCAACAACCAAACUAGCAUAAUGCUUACUCGCUUCCCAGCUCUCCCAGCUCCAGCUUCUUUGUCCUCUGUUGUCUGCCUCUUUCUUCUUGCUUCAAAACCUUGCUCCCACUCCUUUUUUCUCACCCGUCUCACUCUGUCCUCUCUCCCUUACCCAUCGCCCCCAUUGCACUGUACCUCCACCACUUCCUCCCUCACUCCAUGCUUUCUUCCUCAUUCCUUCACUUCCGCUCCACUUCCUUUCUUAUCUUCUCUCCUCCCUCUCCACCUCACCCUCCUUCUCUGCCUCCCCAUCUCACCCUCCUCUUCUUACUCCCACUUCCGAUUUCCCCUUGGUUUUUCAGCCUCUGUUUGUUUGUUCUGCACUCCACUCAGUGGCCUGUUUUCUCGUCUGCUGCUGGGCAUAUUGAACAGGGAAUGCUGCUGCACUGGGAAUUCUCCUGGACUGGGAACAGAGCUGUACAUAUCGAUGCCUCUGGAAUUUCUGAAUGAUCACACAUUGGCUUUGUGAUAUGCACUGCACACCGUUCUUUCCCUGUUUCCUCUGGAAGGAUUAGAUUGCAAUGCAACUCUCUUUAUAUAGAAUCAAACGAACAGCAAUAGCGCAUGAUACGGUUCAGAGCUGGGUUGGGUCAGCUACAUCUGUGCAUAAAAUGAAUGGACUCUUGUUAAAAUCAGGGUUAAAACCAAGACAACUAAGAUUGUUCCCUCAUUUCUAAUGAUUGCCCCCAUCUACAGAGAGAACCCCAUUUAUAAACAGUCAGUUCCAAUAAUAUAUUAAUGCUCUGUGGAAUCUUAUGGCGCUUUGGCUGUUGUUUGAUUGAUUGGUUGGCCCUGAAAAGUCUAUCCUCAGUAAUUAAUUGACUCUCAGUUAUUGCACCUUGCUUAUUGAUUCACUGUGAUCUGCCCUCAGUGACUGACCCUCAGGGAUUGCCCAGUGAGGAGAGAUGCACAGUGAUCUUUCCUCAGUGAUUGGCCCCUGGUCUUUGACCCACAGUGUGUUUGUCCCGCAGUGAUUUUGAGCUUGGUGGAGAGCUCCAUGCACAGAUUGUCCAUGGCGGUAGUUGGUGUUUGCCAGUUGGGCUUAAUGGUGGACCCUUGCUGAUUACCAUUUAGCAAUUUGAGUGAAGAGAGUGAAUCUUGGUGGUUUGAAGAGUUGGAGUUAUAGCUGCAAACAUUGCCUUUUUUGUGGCAUUUUGUUUGAACAUUAAAACAGCAAUCAUUAUCACCUCUUAAAUGUUCUUUUCCCCAGUAAAAUCUGUUCAUAAUCACUCCUCCUAAUCCAAUACCUCCACCCUUCAAAUAUUUUGUUUGCCCCCUUCACUAUUCUCUGUACUGUGGUGACUAUAAUUGUACACAGUAUUCUAAAUGUGGUUGCACAAAUUUGGUUGAUUAUAAAGUGAGAUCAUCUUUUAAUAUAUCCCAACAUCUGAUUUUCUAUACUUGUAGCCACUGAACAUUGUUAUGAUUGCCAAUAAACUGCAGCAAUCAAUACCCCAAGUCCCUUUCAUUUUUUUAUGUAGCUUCUUGCUUUCCAUUUAAGAAAUAGCCCCUUCUUGGAUUUUCAUUCCAAUGGAAGCACUUUGCAUUUCUCUAUAUUAAAUUGAAUCCAUCAAGAUCUGCUUGACUCCCAGCAACAUGCAGACCCUCUUGUAGCUUACCUUGUUCAGCUUAAGAGUCAAUCACUUCUCUUACUUUGUAUCCUGUGCAAAUUUAGCAAGUAUUCUUGUGAUUUCUUAGUGCCAGGUCUUGUAUUUUCAAACAUUUGUUCACAUUGCUGGCUCGGCAAGUAUUUAUUGCCUGUGCCCAAUUGCCUAGAGUACAGU